CCGAGAGCUUCGGGGUCGGACGAGCUUCGGCCAGGCGAGAUCGGAAGCGUAGAGGCGUCGGGCUGGAGUUUCGCGAACACAGGGAGGCCGGUGUCGUCGAGCUAGCUUCGGGUUCGGUGGAGCUGCCGUCGGACAGAGCCGGAGGCUCGGGUUCGGCUGGGGUCGUACGAACAGGGGAGAUCCGGCUUGCUGGGGUUGGCGUCGGGUAUCUCACGCAAGGAGAAGGGAGCGUGAGCGGAGGCGUCGGUCUCCCCUGGACCUGCGAACUGGGUGGGUUCUGCGAACAGAGGAGGUCGAGAGGGAGAGAGGUCGGCGUCGGGUAUCUCACGCAAGGAGAAG